CCACAGUCCUCCCUCAUUCUUCUUCAUGUCCGUUCGUACACCAUUUCUCUGUCAAUUCAAAAGCACAACAACACCACAAACAAUGGCUGCAUCUGCUUCCUACCUUCUCUGCGGCAUUCCUUCCGCCUCCUCAUCUUCUGCUACUUCCUCUUCCGGCAGGAGGGCACCUGCAACCAGCACCAUCUUCCUCAAUGCACCAACGCGUCGCCUCCGCCUCGGAUUCGCAGCAGCCACUUCGGACUCGCUAUUCUCACACUGUGUCUCCACCAAGCUCCGAUCCCUCAAGACAUCCGCCAAGCCAGCCAGGGGAGUCAUUUAUUCCAUGGCUAAGAAAAGCGUCGGUGACCUCAAUGCCGAUGAGUUGAAGGGUAAAAAGGUCUUCGUGCGGGUUGAUUUGAAUGUUCCUCUCGAUGAAAACCAGAACAUCACUGAUGACACUAGGGUUAGAGCUGCCGUGCCAACAAUUAAACACUUGAUUUCUAAUGGGGCCAAAGUGAUCUUAUCCAGUCAUCUGGGCCGUCCAAAAGGGGUCACACCAAAGUAUAGCUUGAAGCCUCUUGUCCCUAGAUUAUCUGAACUCCUUGGCAUUGAGGUCAAGAUGGCAAAUGACUGUAUUGGUGAGGAAGUCGAGAAAUUGGUUUCUGAAAUUCCAGAGGGUGGUGUGUUGCUUUUGGAGAAUGUGAGGUUCUACAAAGAGGAAGAGAAGAAUGAUCACGAGUUUGCAAAGAAGCUUGCUGCCCUUGCGGAUUUGUAUGUUAAUGAUGCAUUUGGAACUGCCCACAGAGCUCAUGCAUCCACAGAGGGAGUGGCCAAGUACUUGAAACCAGCUGUAGCUGGAUUCCUUAUGCAGAAGGAGCUUGACUAUUUAGUUGGAGCUGUGAGUAGCCCAAAGAAGCCAUUUGCUGCCAUUGUUGGAGGUUCAAAAGUAUCCACCAAAAUUGCUGUGAUUGAGUCCCUGCUGGAAAAGGUUGACUUGCUAUUGCUGGGUGGAGGGAUGAUUUUUACUUUCUACAAGGCUCAAGGAUACAAAGUUGGAUCCUCGCUCCUGGAGGAAGACAAGUUUGAGCUAGCCAAAUCCCUCAUCGAGAAGGCCAAGUCUAAGGGAGUCUCAUUACUGCUUCCUACUGAUGUUGUGGUUGCAGACAAGUUUUCUGCCGAUGCCAACAGCAAGGUGGUUAGCGCAACUGAAAUUCCAGAGGGGUGGAUGGGGUUAGAUGUGGGACCAGACACAAUCAAGACAUUUGGUGAAGCUUUGGAUACCACCCAAACAAUCAUAUGGAAUGGGCCAAUGGGUGUUUUUGAGUUCGAGAAGUUUGCUGCUGGCACGGAGGCAAUAGCAAAGAAAUUGGCAGAGCUUAGCGGGAAUGGAGUGACAACAAUUAUUGGAGGCGGAGACUCAGUUGCAGCAGUUGAGAAGGUCGGGUUGGCAGAAAAAAUGAGCCAUAUCUCGACAGGAGGUGGUGCUAGUCUGGAGCUGCUCGAGGGGAAAUUACUUCCAGGUCUUCUUGCACUUGAUGAUGCUUGAAAGCAACAGCAGCUGUUCACUUCCUCCUGGAUGCUCUUUGAUUUCUAUUCCUUGCACAUAAACAUAAAUCUUAAUCAAUAAUGAAUCUUUAAAAUACAAAACCAAACUCCAGAUUGUAAGCUGCAGCUUCUUUGGAUCAUUUUAAGUUCAAGGAAUCAUAAUUGGGCAUCAAUGCACAUGAGUUUACUUCAACACUGGUUUCAGUUUUUCACUUGAUAUGGACGUG